GGGAGGCCAGGGGCUGCCAGACCCCCCACCCUCUCCAUCCAGAAGGUCUCUCCCCUGGAUGGAAGAAGCCCACUCCACCACCACCAUCACCACCACCACUAUCACCACCACCAUGGCGCUGGGGCUCUCCUCCAAGAAAGCCUCCUCCCGGAACAUUGCGGUGGAAAGGAAGAACCUGAUCACCGUCUGCAGAUUCUCCGUGAAGACCCUGCUGGAAAAAUAUACGAUAGAACCAAUUGAUGACUCAUCGGAGGAGUUUGUGAACUUUGCAGCCAUCCUAGAGCACAUACUCAGCCAUCGUUUUAAGGGGGACCAUGGUCCUGUUAGUUGGUUCAGUUCUGAUGGGCAACGUGGCUUCUGGGAUUACAUCCGUCUGGCCUGCAGCAAGGUUCCAAAUAACUGUGUCAGUAGCAUUGAAAACAUGGAAAACAUCAGCACGUCCAGAGCCAAGGGUCGAGCAUGGAUCCGUGUGGCCUUGAUGGAAAAGCGCAUGUCUGAGUAUAUUGCUACAGCUCUGCGGGACACCAGAACCACCAGGAGAUUUUAUGAUGAUGGGGCAAUAAUGUUGAGAGAAGAAUCUACUGUCCUCACAGGGAUGCUGAUUGGACUCAGUGCCAUAGACUUCAGUUUCUGCUUGAAAGGAGAGAUCAUGGAUGGCAAGACACCAGUGGUUAUAGAUUAUACUCCAUACCUGAAGUUUACCCAGAGCUAUGAUUACGCUGGAGCGAUGCGGAGGACCACCUGAGCUUGAGAGAGCGCACCAAGUGAAGACAGUUCACCUGAACACCCUUUCCCUAUAGUGACUGCUGAAGACAGCUGCGUACAAUAAAUGGCGCCAGAGCUGGAGCAGACGUUUCGCAUUGUCUAUGCACAAAAGGGUUACUUGGAGGAGCUGGUUCGAUUGAGAGAGUCACAGCUUAAGGACCUGGAGGCAGAGAACAAGCGCUUGCAGUUGAGGCUGGAGGAGGUGAAGGUGCAGAAUCAGUUAGAGAAACGGGAGCUGGAGGGGGUCAUCCUGGAGCUGCAAGAACAACUGACGGGCCUGAUCCCUUCUGACAAUAGCCAGUUUACCCAACUCUCUAAGGAAAUGGCUGCACCCCUGGUGAAUCAGUGGCCCUCGCUGGGUACUCUGAAUAGUAAUGAAGGUCGCUCAGAUGUCAAAAUAUACAGGAGGCACAGCUUCAUGAGUACAGACCAACUGUCAGCAGAGAUCAGCCUGAGUUCAGAUUCUCAGAGGAUGGGUGAAGGGAAGCAUGAAGGAGAACCCUGGGGACCACUGGGAAAGGACCCAACUCCAUCCAUGCUGGGCCUCUGUGGGUCUUUGGCCUCCUUGCCUAGUUGCAAGUCUUUAGCCAGCCUAAAAUCCAAUGAGUGCCUGGUGAGUGACAGCACUGAGCCCAGCCCUGCACAUAGUCCCAGCUGAGAAAUCAGAUGGCUAUCCCUGCAAACCACACAAUGCCUAUGCGGGAGCAGAGAUUAUCUGGCAGGCAAAAAUAAGCUGAGAAUUGUGUCCAUUUGACUUGGUUUACAGUUGUGGGGAGAGCAACCGGACUCUUAAUCUAGCCUGAUGCAAAAGAGCAACAAGCCGACAUCCUCAACUGAACACUCUUAUAAACAGACUCUUUCUUAAAUUGGGAUCGGGGAAAUGCUGAAAAAUUGGGAUCCAGGAAAUGCAGUCUCCUCCCUGGUCAGGAUUUUUAUUUUAUUUUAAAAAAAGGCUGCCCGCUUAUUGGAAGCUGGAAGGAUUGCCUGCCAAAAGCACUUUUGUAAAAUGAUUCUGUAUUAUAUGUAAUAUAUAUACAUAUUAUAUAUGACUGAGAUGGCUGAAAGGCAGCUGCCUCUGGGAGGAAGAUAGGAGAAAAAAAUUGGAAAUAUAUUGCCAGAGAGAAAGUAAAUGGGUAAGUCGAAAUACAUUGCAUAAUGAACAGUAAGAUGGGGGAAAAGACUGUGUUCACGCACUCUGUGGAAUCAUGUUGAUGAGGCCUUUUGAGAAGAAUUGUGGCAAUGGAAGGCAUCUGCUUUCUAUCUUCUCUCUCUCGGUCUCCCUUCCUCUUUCAUGCAAUUCACAUGUGGAUCACAGCACCUCUUUCAAACAAAGUUGGUGCAAGGAGAAGAUUCUAGUCAACUCCAGGAACUGGCUUUCUUUGAAGUUCAGGAAGCCUCUUUGGUCUUCCUCAGCCCUACAAGACUAGCAGAAAAUCUACUUCUUACAUGUCCUCCUGCAUGUUUCUAUCUCAGUGGAACUUUCUACUCUAAGAUCGGAAGUGUGAAUCUUGGAAGCUGGAGCCAGUUUAUACAUCCUGCCUUCUGGUGUGACAAACAAUGAACAACUGGACUUCCUCCUCCCAAUUUUGAGGGGCCAAAGAGGUCUUGAGAAUGCUUCAGUACAUGACAAGAUCACCACUUGCACUCGGCCUCUAAAAACCGUUAUAGGCCAGUUGUUGGGGAGAUUGUUAAAUUAAUGAACCAUUAAAACAGAUUAAGGAGCUGGCAGGCUGAGGCUGUUGGAAAUUUCUUUUCUGUCCCCAUUUUCUUCAUGCAAACACAU